AUGGCGGACCAACUCAACAUGAACGGCCUCAACCUUGGCGGUGAUGGUGGUCAAGCGGCUUCCCAGGCUCGCUCCUACAUCCCGCCUCACAUGCGUGGCCGUCAAAGCGCCGCUCCCCCUGUCCAAGACGGCGCCCCUCCUGCCGCCGGUUUGAACAACAGCUCCUGGGCUGGUAACAACCAAGGCUACAGCGGCGGUCGACAGGGCGGUGGCAACUGGAACGGCGGCGAGGGCGGUUAUCAGAACAACCGCCGCGGCGGUGGUGGCGGCUGGGGUGGUCGUGGAGGCUACUCUGGCGGUGGUGGUGGUAACUUCGAAGGACACGGCGGCGGUAACCACGCUGCCCGUGGCUCUGGAGAUGGACAGUGGCGAGACGGAAAGCACGUUCCCGGCCCAGCUAACCCCCGUGUCGAGCGUGAGCUCUUUGGCACCGCCGACGAUCCUUCCAAGCAGCACACCGGUAUCAACUUUGAAAAGUACGACGAUAUCCCUGUUGAAGCCUCGGGUCGCGACGUCCCCGAGCCUGUCAACCAGUUCACUACCCCCCCUCUCGACGAGCACCUUUGCCGUAACAUCGAGAUGGCCCGCUACAAGGUCCCUACUCCCGUUCAGAAAUACUCUAUUCCCAUCGUCAUGGGUGGUCGUGAUCUCAUGGCUUGUGCCCAGACUGGUUCUGGCAAGACUGGUGGUUUCCUUUUCCCCAUCCUUUCUCAGGCCUUCAUCCACGGUCCUUCUGCUGUCCCCGCCAACGCUGCUGGACAGUUUGGUCGUCAGCGCAAGGCCUACCCCACCUCUCUCAUCCUUGCCCCCACUCGAGAGCUGGUUUCUCAGAUCUACGAGGAGUCCCGAAAGUUUGCCUACCGAUCUUGGGUCCGCCCUUGCGUGGUGUACGGUGGUGCCGAUAUUGGCUCUCAGCUUCGCCAGAUUGAGCGCGGAUGCGACCUUCUUGUUGCCACCCCCGGAAGACUUGUGGAUCUCAUAGAGCGAGGCCGCAUCUCCCUGUGCAACAUUAAGUAUCUUGUGCUCGAUGAGGCCGAUCGCAUGCUGGACAUGGGUUUCGAGCCCCAGAUCCGCCGUAUUGUUGAGGGUGAGGACAUGCCCAACGUCGCUGACCGACAGACUCUCAUGUUCUCGGCCACCUUCCCUCGCGACAUCCAGAUGCUCGCCAGAGAUUUCCUCAAGGACUACGUUUUCCUGUCCGUUGGUCGUGUUGGUUCUACCUCUGAGAACAUCACCCAAAAGGUCGAGUUCGUCGAGGACAUUGACAAGCGCUCUGUUCUCCUCGAUAUCCUCCACACCCACGCUGGUGGUCUGACCCUCAUCUUCGUCGAGACCAAGCGCAUGGCCGACUCUCUGUCCGACUUCCUCAUCAACCAGAGCUUCCCUGCCACCUCCAUCCACGGAGACAGGACCCAGCGUGAGCGUGAGCGUGCUCUCGAGUUCUUCCGCAACGGACGCUGCCCCAUCCUGGUGGCCACUGCUGUUGCUGCUCGUGGUCUUGAUAUCCCCAACGUCACCCACGUCAUCAACUACGACCUUCCCACUGAUGUCGACGAUUACGUCCACCGAAUUGGUCGUACCGGCCGUGCUGGAAACACUGGUAUUGCCACCGCCUUCUUCAACCGCGGCAACCGUGGUAUUGUCCGCGAGCUCAUUGACCUUCUCAAGGAGGCCAACCAGGAGAUCCCUCCCUUCCUUGAGGCUAUCGCUCGUGAGUCCUCCUUCGGCGGCGGCGGUCGUGGCGGUCGCUCUCGCCCUGGCGGCGGUGGCCGUGGCAAUGCCAACCGAGAUUUCCGCAAGUUUGGCGGUGGCGGCUUCGGUGGUAGCGGCGGCGGCGGCGGCUUCAGCAACCCCCAGCAGGGUGGUGGCUUCAGCAACUAUAGCGGAGGGUCUCAGGGAGGCUCUGGCUAUGGCGGCGGCGGCGGCUACGGAGGCGGUUACGGCAACGGUGGCAGCUACGGCAACCCCGGCGGUGCUGGAGCCCAGUCCUCGUGGUGGUAA